AUGGAAUUAAUUUCUGUUCAAAAAGAUUUAAAGUACUUGGACUUGUACUUGGAUUAUAUUGAUGAUGAUUCGAUUGAAGCAGAAUUGGAUGAUUAUUAUUACAGUUAUUCAGAUGAAUCUGACUUGGAUUACUGUGACAAACAUUUAGAUGAAAGGCAAUCACUAGCAAAAAUUCCAAACGCAUUAACCAAGUUACACAUUGUUGGAAAACCUUGUUGUGAACAAUUAGAAAGCCUUGAUUUUUUGUGCGGUGAUGAUUGUGAAGACUAUAUAAUGGAGCGUGAAUUUUUAGAGAUGGUUGUAGAAUUUUCACCUAAAAAAUUUCACGAGUUAAAGUUAGAAAUGGGAUCUUACGUAGAUAUAGAAACGACAUUUCAAUGGGUAUUAAAGACUAUCUUUAAACGCUGGGCGAACCGUGUGCCAUGUAUUCCACUUUCUUUAACUAUUAUUACGAAAAUAGCAUGGACAAUUACAUGA